AUGGAGAGAAUCGAGAGGUCCACCACAACAGACAAUUUCUCUCUCCGUUCCACCGAUAUGAUGCGCCCUAAAUCGACCACUGCAGCUGCGAGCUCGAGCAAUCAAGGAACUGAACAAGGACAUGAACAUCCAGGCAUUGGAGUAUCAAGUCGGCAUCCUAUAUUUCUACUUACUGAUUUCUAUUCAACAACCAGUUCUAACGCUUCGACAGACUUUGUCCUCACUGUACUGCCCUCGACAGACUUGACGGGCACUCACGGAGCAAAGGGGCACUGCCAGCCUGACAUUCCCCACCUCACCGAGUCAUACUUCUCCAACGACCCCAUCACUCACGACUUUGCCUUCUGCACUGUCCGACACUUCCUCAAUUCCAUUGAACAUUGCAUUCAGUUCGCCCUCGACUAUUUCCGCGGGGUCUUCUACAAACCAGAUCGAGGCCGCCCACAAAUAUACUCUUUCUCUCCUCACUCCUCUGUUCCUCAUCCACUUGUCCUCGCUCUCGGAUUUCUACCACCCCUGCACGCUCCCUUUGAUUGGCCCCUCCUCAUGCGCGUCUCCUGGGCCUUCCGACAGUUCCAUGACCACUUUACCAACAAUAUUUCACAGUUACUCCACAACUUCCCCCCGAUCACGUUACCAUGUUUUGCCUGGACUUUGUGGGAUCGCAUUGAGAUCACUCAUAAAAUGACUUUGUCCCAAUUGUUCGAGUACUUGAGGGACGAGUAUCGAUUCAACGGUCGACGUGUUGUCUCAGGGAAAUGCCAUUUUAUAUUCCUUCUUCAUGCAGCAAGAGCACAACCACCUAAACAGCGCACUCGUAUGGCCAUGGAGUAA